AAAUUAAUUUCAGAUGCGAUGAUAGUUUUGAUAAUAGUUUUUUGAGACAACAUGACAUCACGGGUAAAAUCGAGAGCUGAUAAAUCGAGGGACAAAGACAAAGCUGGAGCCGCAACAAGUAAGGACUCAGUUGCCGCGUUGAGCACAACAACUGAAAUUGUAGCUGGAAAAUUUUCCGAGAAUGACUGGCAUCAGCUUGUCGUGGAAGAGGAAAAUGAAGCGUUUUGCUCCCGAAUCCUCGAAGAAAUGCUCCAUGAUACUAUGCAUCAUUGUUACCAAAAAUACAUAGAAAGACAACUUCUUCCUUUUACAGUCGAAACAGCGCGAGAAGCUCUUCUUGAAAUAGUCGAGUUGAGAUAUUUAGAGCGCGACUGUGGAGAAACUGAGCAACUCUUGGAUUCUUGUUGGGCGGAAGAUGACGAGGCAGAAGCUGUCGCGUUCGACUCCUGGGCAGUCGGAGCCGUUCCUUGCACUGUUUUUGGAAACGAAGAUACCGAAUCACUUGCAAGAACAACUGGAAGAAGUGUCAAAGGCGAGGAAUCUGCAGUGGACUCUGGAACCAACCAGAUGAAGGACGCUGAAUAUCCAGAAAACGAAGCACAAGAAGAAAUCACGAACGAAGCCAAAACAAGCGAGGAGUCGGCAAUCAAUACCCAAACCGAAAAACCAGAACAAGGCAAACCCGAGAAAACUGAAGAUAACACGGGUCCACCGAAGAAACGAAAGACGAAAUUUAAGCCCAAAAGGGGACCCAUAGGCUCAGCUGGUGUGUCAAGAAUGAGUGAAACGAUCUUCGAGACAGAAUUGCGACUUCUGCAGCAGACGGUGCAAAACGAAAAUGCCGAUGCGACCGACAGAAUGACGUCAAGUGAAAUGCCCGCAAAGAUGCAACAAGCACUGAAAGCCCAAGCGGGGCGACCUCCGGGGCUUGGCGAGGCCCCUGUCAAGGAUGUUAACGUUGUUAUAGUCGAUAGUAGAGCCGUGGUCGAAAAUAUUGCCCCGAUUCAGGUUAAAACAAACUUCUCAAUCGUGGAUCCGGAAGUUGAAGCAGCUCAACAACGUCUGGUUGCGAUGCGAACUGGAAAGUACAAUCCGAUCGCUACCGGACCUAGUCCCCCAAAGCCGUCUAAAAAGGCAAGCGCCAAGUUUGACGCCAGCGAACCGAAGAAGAAACAGACGCAAGAGUUUAGAAACGAGCAGCAGUUGACUUACGAUCGGGCGGCGUCUAAUGGCGUAGCGCCUGUUCCACCGCCUCUCAUCGAAUCAAUGGACGUUGUUGCGGGCGUGACUGUGCGCGAGGGAGGGCGGGUUAAACAGGGUCCACGACGCACACAGAAACAAAGCACAACUUAUGCACAGCACCUAACGGAAUCAAUGCUGCUGCCAGUCAACAAACUCAAAUCGAAAAACGCGAUUUCUGUUAAUGAGAUUAUAAAUCCAAUUCAGCCGGCUAAAAAUGCAAAGCCAUUACCCCCAAUCGCCUAGAUUUCUAUAAAUUCGAAUCAUUGCGUCAUAAUCACUAGAGUGUAAUGAUACACGAUCAACAAAAUUGUAAAUGAAAUUCAAUUAUGUUUUCUA